GGUUUGUCGCUCCGAACGGAUGUCGUCAAAAUCAUUCCGGCCUGCGGCGCCCUCAGACGUGCUUUUGUCGGCAAUUAUUCCGACGUACGGCCCUUUUCAGGGCCCAAAAUGUCGUCGGAAUAUUCUAACAUUAAACCGUAUUAACGGGGGUCCUACGCCAGGCGGGGACCAGACCCGUGUCACUCAGCACCCAUCGGACGAUGAGGAUUUGGACGAACACAGCGAGGACGACGACGCGGAGUACGAGGAAGAUGACGAAGAUGAGUAUGAAGAUGAGGAGCCUGCUCUAAAAUAUGAGCGCCUCGGUGGUCCCAUACAUGACCUCCUCCAAAGAGAUUCCGCGUCUGCACUUGCAAUAGCAAACAAGCUGCUCGCUCUGGGCACGCAUGCCGGAAUCGUGCAUAUCCUAGACUUGGCGGGCAAGCGGAUCAAAUCGUUCAAACCGCAUGGCGCAUCGGUAUGCGAUAUAACUAUGGAUAGUGCUGCAGAGUUUGUUGCAACGGCGUCCAUGGAUGGACAGAUCGUCAUCCAUACCCUUAACCCCGCCUCCACCGAAUCCUAUGUUUUCGACAUGAAACGUCCUAUGCGAACUGUUUCACUUGAACCGGACUUUCACAAACGAAGCACACGCGCAUUCGUUUGUGGGGGCAUGGCGGGUGCGCUUGUUCUGCACGAAAAGGGUUGGCUUGGACACAAGGAGACCACGCUCAGCUCCGGAGAAGGUCCUGUAUGGGUAGCGCGUUGGAAAGGCAGACUAAUCGCAUGGGCAAAUGAUCUAGGGGUCAAGGUCUACGACACAACCAGUCAAACGCGGAUCACAUACAUAGACCGACCUUCAGACAGUCCCCGCGCGGAUCUCUUCAAGUGCACGUUGCACUGGCAGGACGAUUCCACGCUCCUUAUUGCCUGGGCGGAUCAGAUCAAAGUGGCUAGAGUCCGCGCGCGACCGCGCAAUGCAACCGCUCCCAACCCUGCGGGUCAUGCACCGUUGAUCAUCGAAAUCACGGCAGUAUUCCAAAUGGAUUGUAUGAUCGCCGGCAUCGUCCCUCAUCCCACACCUUCUCCCAGCAAUCUCGCUCCUCCUCCCAUGGGCAAGCUACCAACUCCAUCGCUCACGUCUUUCUUGUUACUGGCAUAUACCCCCCCUGAUUCAUCCUUCCACGACGAAGUGACCGCAAAUCAAGCAAGGAGAGCAGCCGAGAGGCCGGAACUUCGUAUUGUCUCUCGUGCAGGAGAAGAACUGGCCGCAGAUGCUCUGUCCGUGAGCGGCUACGAACGAUGGGGAUGUAAUGACUAUAUCCUCGCCGAAGUCGAUGACGCGGACAGUCAGGGCCGAUGUUACAUAGUUGUUAGUCCGAAGGAUGCCGUGGUUGUGAAGCCAAGGGAUCGCAGGGAUCAUAUCGCUUGGCUGGUGGAAAGGCGAAGAUACGAAGAGGCGUUGGAGGAGGUUCAGAAACUAGGCGAUGCGGAUGCAGUCGACGACGGCGUCAACGUCGUACAAAUUGGCCAACGCUACAUCGAGCAUCUGGUUUCUGAAGGCGACUUCGGCAAAGCGGCCCAUUUGUGCCCCAAGGUCUGCGGCCAAGAUAGCAAACGAUGGGAAGACUGGAUAUUUGUCUUCGCUCAGAAGCAUGAGCUUCAGGCGAUCAUCCCGUAUGUUCCGACGGAGUCACCGAAACUUAGCCAUCUGGUUUAUGAAAUGAUCCUGGGGCAUUUCUUAGCCCAUGACCGAGACGCGCUAUUGCAGACGAUCAAGAAAUGGCCGAGAACAAUCUACGAUAUCUCUGCCAUUAUUGUCGCAGUACACGCUGUUCUUGAUCGAACUUUGACUUCGUCGCCUACGGGAACACAGAGGCCUCUCAAAGGAGAGAGCGCGCUACUUAUGGAAUGCCUUGCUGAGAUGUACACCGCCAAUCGCCAACCUGGAAAGGCCCUGCCGUACUUCCUGCGCCUGCGCCGACCCAACGUAUUCGAUCUUAUCCGAGAGCACAACCUCUUCACGUCUGUGCAGGAUCAAGCUUUGCUUCUUAUGGAAUUCGACGCGGAGUUGAUGGAGAAGAGGAGGAUUGCCGGGGAAAUAGAGGACGCGACACCGAAAACCAGCGUAGAGCUGCUUGUGGACAAUACGCACUCAAUACCCGUGGCUCGAGUUGUACAGCAGCUGCAAAAUCAGCCUUAUUUCUUGUUCUUGUACCUCGACUCCCUCUUUGCGAAGGACCCACACCUUGCGUCAGAUUUUGCAGACACACAGGUCAAACUGUGUGCCGAGCAUGCACCGUCUCGUUUGAUCGAUUUCCUCCGCGCUAGUAACUAUUACAGCUUGGAACAGGCAUAUCGAAUUUGCCAAGAAAAGGACCUUGUGCCUGAAAUGGUGUUUCUACUGGGUCGUAUGGGAAACAACAGGCAGGCGCUCACUCUCAUAAUUGAACGACUGGGUGAUGUACGGCGGGCCAUCGAUUUUGCGAAGGAGCAGAACGACGACGACCUUUGGGAAGACCUUUUGCGAUACUCUGAAACACGACCUCCUUUCAUUCGUGGUUUGCUGGAGAAUGUUGGGCCUGAAAUUGAUCCUAUCAGGCUUAUUCGCCGUAUAAGGAACGGAUUAGAAAUCCCCGGGCUGAAGGGUGCUCUCAUCAAGAUUCUUCAGGAUUUCAACUUGCAAAUAUCAUUGCUGGAGGGCUGCCAGACCAUCAUGCACGGCGAUUGCUCGGACUUGUCUAGGACUCUGCACAAGGACCAAACGAGCGGCUUUUUGCUAUCGGCGCAAACGCGAUGCCCUAUUUGUCGCGAGCCUAUCGUUCGUAUGCCGCAGUCUUUGACGUUACUGUUCCUCUGUCGACACGUCGUUCAUGCGGGCUGUGUACAUGGCCUGGAGGAUCUACCGCAAGACCCGGAAUCAACGCUCAUUGGCAUUAGCGGACGAACGAUCAGUAGUAAACUCGCGUUCGCGGCCGUCGUCCAUGCGAACAUAAAUCGGGGAUGUCCUGUGUGUCAUAAGCUUGCCGAAGGUGAACGCACGUAAUACUGCUCGUGUAAAUUGUUGGAUGGGUCUUGGUCCUGAACAG